AUGCCGUUCCCCAUAUGGCUGCUCGACCCGUACCUGUUCACGCAGGUGUCGCCUUCGCCGCCGGAUCCCAAGUCCAAGGCGCUGAGUUCGGAGCCGUCCAAGAUUGCGUUCUUGCCACCACUCAACGACAAGCAGGGCGCCCAGCUCGGCGCGAUCAUCAAGCACUUUAGCGCGGAAGGAUAUUCCCUCCCCAUCGCCGAGGGCAAAACGGAGCGCGCGCCGCUCAGCGUGCGCGAGAUGAUGUGGCUCAGUAGAGACCAGAUGCUCAAGUACCUGACUGUGACGGGGAACGCCAAGGAGGCGAUCGCGCGAAUGGAGCGUACAGUCGUGUGGCGCCGCAGCACUGGUAUCGACGACAUGGACACACACAUGGAAGGGGUCGAGGAAGAGUGUCGCACUGGCAAGGCAAUUGUACAGGGCUUUGGACCGUCGGGCAUGCCCGUCCUUUACCUCUUCCCCAACCGUAACCACCUUCCCCCAGACCAACGCAAGGCGAUCCACCUUAUCUGGAUGCUCGAGCGCGCGAUCGACUUGAUGGCGGGCGGCGUAACCAAAGUCGUCGCAAUCUUCGUGUUCAACGAGAAACGCACUGGCGCACCGACAUCCCUCGCUAUUGGCAGGGAGACGAUCCACUAUCUCAUGCAGCACUACCCCGAGAUUGCAGGUACAACCGUGCUCUACCGCAUGUCGUGGGCCGCGCGCGCUUUCUUUGGCAUCAUGUGGCCCUUCAUCGACUCGGAAGUCAGGGCCAGGUUCCGCAUCGUCAACCGCUCUGGCCGCAUCAGCGAAAAGGAUGUGCAGCGGCACGCGCUGGUGCGCGAGUGUGGUGGUGACCUCGAGUGGUUCCACGAACACGAGUCGUACUGGCCCGCACUCAUCACGGUGUGCAGGAAACGGCGGGCAGAGUACGAGCGUCGGUUCGUGGAGCUCGGCCCAGCCGUCGGGAUCGAAGAGCGCAAGUUCAGGUUUGUCAAUCUGGAAGAGCAGCACCUGUACAACAUGCCGGACAUGAAUGGGUCGGUUGUGCGCACGGCCGCGGACAUCUACAACAUUCCAGACGCGCACAGGACCAAGUCGUCGAUGGAAAGCGGGGCACCGAGCGCCGUUGUCGAGCCGGGAAGAAGUGGAUGA